GUCUAUUUACCUCCACCGUUCCGUACUCUUUAUUCAACUUUCUCCAGUGACUCACUUCACCUUCUCGUUCGAAACAUAUGGGUCAAUCUGUGUCUCAUCCCUCUGCCUCAGCACCAGCUAGUUGUCCCGUGAAGCACGACACUCUCGCAUCAUCUUCAGGACAAUGUCCUGUACCACAUAACUCUUCAACUGCAUCUACAUCCGCAUCUUCACCAGCCAAAUGUCCGAUCGAACAUACACCUCAACCACCAACACAAUGUCCUAUCAGCCAUGACAACGCCGAACUCAACCCUCUGAAUCAAAUGCCCUCCCUCUCUCAAGCACCUGCCACAGAUCAGUCACUAGCUCUACCCACAGACCGCGCAACUUCCUCAAUACCUCGGGAUGAAGCUUCAAGGUGGGAGUACCCUUCACCACAACAGUUUUACAAUGCGUUGGUGCGGAAGGGAUGGGAGACGCCUGAGGAGCAUGUUGAGACCAUGGUUCACAUUCACAAUUUCUUGAACGAGGAGGCUUGGCAGGAGAUCUUGAAAUGGGAGAAGAAGCAGAAUCCUACGGAAGACCCCCAGCUAACCCGAUUCAAGGGACGCCCAGGUGAACUUUCACCAAAAGCUCGCUUCUGGAUGUUUGCCGGCUGGCUACUACCUUCACGAUUCAAUACCGAACCUCCAUUCGAUCGUCAUGACUGGGUCGUCAGAAGGAAGAGCACAGGCGAGGAAGUUCGCUAUGUGAUUGACUACUAUUCCGCUCCUCCCGAACCAGAUGGUUCACCAGUGUUCUCUUUGGAUGUUCGCCCGGCGUUGGAUAGCUUGGGUAGCGUCAAGCAACGUAUUGCCGUCGCUACCGAGGAUGCCUGGGCUUCACUCAAAGAUAACAACAAGCCGGGAUUCAAAUCUCACUCAUAGUCCCUACUUCUCUUCAUCGCUCUCGCCCUCCAUUAUCAACCCUAUGACCCUUCUUCUUGUUUAUUGGACUUAGACUCUUUUGAUACAGGAAAUUCACCGUUACCUGCUGUGUGUCGCUUUAGAACGGCACACACCGCCACUAUUCACAUGUCAGACCAUUAGAUGAGUCGUCACGAAAAAGUACAGGAGCUGCUCAGCGCCAUGAACAGGUCCCGUAGCUCUGUCUAAUGUCAUUACGAAUAGAGUAUGAGCUAGAUAUAAUGAUAUACUUUGUAGUC